AUGGCUUUGGUGCAAUACUCUGAUACAGAGUCAGAUACAGAAGAAAGUGAGGAGAAAUCACCCAGACCAGCAAAGAAACCCCGUCACAACAGUUCGUCCGUCGAUGAUCAAGUAUCAUCUCUGCCCCCACUACCAAGUGCAUUUCGUGAUCUGUAUGCCUCGAGCACUCGCGUGAGUGUACGAGACGACCCGAGCCUUCAUGGAGGCCGUAAGCGUGUCAUUCCCCAUGUUGAAGGGAACUGGCCCACCCAUAUAUACCUAGAGUGGUAUCCGUCGAAAGCAGAACUCGCUGUCUUGGAUGGUAUAUUAUCACAGGUCGAAGUCAAGUUGGGAGGUUAUGCAGGAGAGAUCCAUAGCUUAUUAAGAAGCGAUCUGGGUGUCCAACUCCCGCUUCAUAUCAGUCUCUCUAGACCAGUGGUUCUUCGCACUGAACAGAGACAGCCUUUCAUGGAUAUGUUUCAAACGGCUCUUCAAGAGUCUACAGUCCCAGUAUUCUCUGUCAGCCCUUACAGCCUCGACUGGGUCUCUAAUUACGAAAGGACGCGGUGGUUCCUCGUCCUACGGCUAACAAAGCCCGCUAAGGAUAACUUGAACCGUCUCCUCGGCCUGUCAAAUCGCUCCUUAGCUCACUUUGGCCAACCACCGCUGUAUGCGGCUAGCUCGGCUGGCCCAGUUCACAGACAUGGACGACAUGAAAGUGUCAAACCAGAUACACAGCCCGAAGACUUUUCUCCCUGUUUCCAUAUCUCCCUCGCCUGGACAUUGACAGAACCAACGCCGGAGCAGAAAAAGAAAAUUGAGGCUAUAGAUCUUCGCCGCUUGCAAAGUCUGAGCAUUCACUUUGACUGUGUGAAGGUCAAAAUUGGGAACAAUAUCUCGAGCAUACCCCUUUUGACUUACUGCGCCGAGGUCGCGCGACCUGUGUCCCAAGAUGAGCUUCUCCACCAACCCCUACCCCCUUUUUCAUAUUUCGCCGAGGCUAUGACGCUGGCCUCUCCUAAAGAGCUGCUAGAGAGGUACACGGACUUGGAACUGGCUCAUCACAUUGUAUCCUCGCCGCCGUGCGCGUUUCCCUCGCGGGUAUACAACCUCUUCUCGACUUUCAUAGCCAAGCGUUUUGAGGAUGCUUUGAAGGCUACCGAAGUCGCCAUCCAGCUUGGGAUCCGCUGUCCUUCCGUACGAAAUAUAAUCAAGAACCGAGGGAAUGCUUAUAUUAUUAUGGAUCGGGUCGAGGGAACUACAUUGGACGUGGCCUGGAAGGAACUGGGCUGGUUCAUGACAGUUAGCCUUGGUCUACAGCUUCGCCGCUUCGUGAAACUCUCAGAUCUAUCACCUCACCAACUGCCGGAUCGCUCGUGA